AUGAAGUUUGCAAAUAUAGAAAUGGUGAGGGAUCUUGGAUACACAGCAGCAUCGUUUGACAUGGCUGUUUCUGAGGAUGGAAAAUGCCUGGUGUCGAUAGGUAGCUACAAGCCGUCAGUCAAGAUAUAUGAUCUGGUCAAUUUAUCGCUGAAGGUCGAGCGUCAUUUGGAGGCGGAGCCUUUGAGGGUGAUUCCGCUGGCACAGGAUGCAUCCAAGAUCUGUGUUCUGAAAAGAGACCGAUCACUAGAGCUACAUGCGAAGUAUGGAUUCCAUGAAAGCAUCAAGAUGCCUUCUAUAUGCCUAGAUGCGUGCUUUAACAAGUUCAAAGCAGAGGUGAUGUGUGCAGGUGUUGGGCCUGAUGUAUACAGAUUCAAUCUUGAACAGGGGCGGUUUUUGAAGAGUCAGGGCACAACCAUCCAGGAAAUACUUUGCAUAUGCAUGUGUGAGGCAAAUGGAUUGAUCUGUGUAGGAGGAGACAACAAAAUACAGUUUAUUGACCAGAGAAGCAAAGAGGUUUUCAGAACGGUAGACUAUAGCGAAACUCCAUUCAGCAUGUGCUUUUCAAGCAGCGGGAUGGAACUAGGCGUGGGCACUGAAGAAGGAAGUGUCUACUUGCAUGAUCUAAGAGCAAGGAAAGAAAUAUGCAAGGUGAGCCAUGAAGGGAGUGUUAGGAAGGUUGGGUUUAAUGGCAAGAUUCUUGUUAGCAUUGGAGGGAAGGCUAUGAAGUGCAUUGAUAGAGCAGGGAUGAUUGGAGAGUAUGCUGGCGACGUGGGUAUGAGCUGCUUUGCAUGUGCUGGAGGAUUUAUGUUUAUUGGAUUUGAUAAUGGUGAGAUCCGUGAAGUGAUUUCCGAGGAGUUGGGGGAGAUUCCAAUGCAUUUGAAGAUGAAUGAGGUGUGA